AUGUCGCUCAUUGCCCCAUACGCAAAAGAACACAAGAACACCAAUGGCCCUGGAGAUGCUCGUCCAACUGCCCUCAAGAUCGUACGAGGCCAGUCCUUGGAUGGCCAGUUAAGGGGAAAAGUAAUCCUCGUAACUGGAGGCACCUCUGGGAUCGGAUUUGAGACAGUGCGUGCUCUGCAUGCCACUGGUGCCGAUGUAUAUUUCACCGGCCGUGAUGUUGAAAAAGGCAAGAGAGCUGAAGAAGAGCUCCGAUACGAUAAUCAGCCAGGAAAACUUGAGUAUAUGGAAAUGAGGUUGGACUCUCUUAAAAGUAUAAGAGAAUUCGCUGCCGAUUUCUUAAGCCGAACAUCGGGCAAGCUUAAUAUUUUAAUCUGCAAUGCUGGGAUUCGUGGAUAUCCGAAAGGAAAGACCGAAGAUGGCUUUGAGCUACAUUUUGGAACUAACCACCUCGGGCAUUUUGCUCUUUUCCAAGCUCUUAAAGAUGCUCUAAUCGCAUCGAGCACGCCCUCUUUCCAAUCCCGUGUAGUCUGUCUAUCGGCGUCCGGUCAUCGCCAAUCGGGCAUACGUUUCGACGACCUCAACCUUGACCGUGAAGGUGAAUACCAGCCUCUACUAGCGUACGCGCAAUCCAAGACAGCCAACAUCUACAUGGCAUUCGAGAUCGAAAGGCGCUACAGUGCCAGCGGCCUGCACGGCUUGGCGGCCCAUCCGGGAGGCAUCAGCGGUACGAGGCUCAACAGAAUGACGCCAGAGUCGGAACUCAAAGCGCUCACGGGCGAUCCUGUUGUUGCGAGAAGGAUGAAGAAUGCCGAACAAGGCGCUGCCACGACUGUAUGGGCGGCGAUAUCUCGCGAUUGGGAAGCAAAGGGCGGUGUUUUCUUGGAGGAUUGCCAGGAGAGCGAGCUGUGGAGUGGAGAUGGGACGGUUCUUGCACCAGGGCAUGCACCACAUAUUCAUGAUGGUGAGAGUGCAGCGCGCCUUUGGGAUAUAAGCUUGGGCAUGAUUGGAUUAAAUACGAAAGUUUGA